AUGGCUCUCAAAAACCUCCUACCCCUCCACAAGAAGGAUGAGACCGACCAAAGCGCACAUCACCACGAGCACCGUAAACGAGCUAACGGGCAUAUCAAUCCAAAGCAGUCUAAGACAAGGAAGCAGCAGACAGGAUUCACGAGCAAAUGGCGAAAUGAGCUUGUCGCAAUGACUGCUGAAUUUGCCGGCACCUUCUUGUUUCUCUUCUUCGCAUUUGGUGGAACUCAAGUCGCCAACACAGCAGCCCGAUACAGCGACGCAGCAACAGCAGGACAGCAGGGAAACAGCAUCACACAGACGCCGAACACGAGCGUGCUCCUUUAUAUCAGCCUGAUUUUCGGGUUCAGUUUGAUGGUUAAUGUGUGGGUCUUCUUCCGCGUCAGCGGUGGACUAUUCAACCCUGCCGUCACUUUAGGUCUCUACCUCAUCGGUGCCCUAACCACCACUCGCGCAAUUCUUUGCUUCAUUUCGCAGAUGAUUGCAGGCAUUUGUGCUGCCGCUGUCGUCUCCGCUAUGUUCCCGGGCGAUUUGAACGUAUCAACUACCCUCGGAUCCGGCGUUUCAAUUGCACAGGGCCUUUUCAUGGAGAUGUUCCUUACCUCACUACUUAUAAUCACCAUUUUCAUGCUCGCUGCCGAGAAGCACAAGGCCACCUUCCUCGCACCUAUAGGCAUCGGGUUAGCGUUGUUUGUUGCCGAGAUGGUGGGUGUGUUCUACACUGGUGGUAGCUUGAACCCUACCAGAAGUUUUGGACCUUGCGUAGUGACCCGAGCCUUCCCUGGUUACCACUACAUUUAUUGGAUAGGCCCUCUCUUGGGCACCCUUUUGGCGUUUGGUGUAUACAAGAUUAUCAAGAUCGUCGAAUACCAAACUGUCAAUCCUGGCCAGGACUUCGAUGACCACGAGGACGCACUUUUCAGGCCCCCUACCAACCCCGAGACAGCCGAGGAAGUCGAGCGCCCCAACGUCGCUGCAAUUGCCGCACAAGAAGCUGUUCGCGUGGCCGGUAAUUCUCCAAAUGAAGAGAAGGAAGAUUCGUUUGGUGGCAUCAACAGGACACUGUCAUCGUCCAACAAGUACUCAUCCAACUCACGGGAUGGGCAGCGCAGUUCGACCGACGAGUAUCGCCAUUCACAACUUCACCACGGACAUCCUCAGCAGCACGAGUACGGUCAUCAAAGCCAACACGACGACUACAGGUCGUCACAAGAACCCCGCCGCACAUCGAGGGAUCAUAUGGCUUCGGAUGCAGAGCUAUUAGCCAGGACAGGUCAUGGACCUUCCGUGAGCAGCCCAAAGAACUCCAACAGGCAGCCAUGGGUAUGA